CGGAAGCGGAGGCGACUUCCGGCGCGGAGGCGGGGCGUGUGGAGGUGGGCGUCGGGGCGGCAUGGCGUGCGCCUUUCGUAGGUCGAUCGCCUGUCAGCUCUCCAGAAUAUUGGCUCUUCCACCAGAAAGCUUGAUCAAGUCAAUAUCUGCAGUUCCAGUUUCAAAAAAAGAAGAAGUGGCAGAUUUCCAGCUUUCUGUGGAUUCCUUGCUAGAAGACAACAAUCACCAGUCAAAACUAGAUACUCAAGAUCACGCCAGGAGACUGGCAGAGAAGCUUAAAUGUGAUACAGUGGUGACUGCCAUCAGUGCUGGUCCAGGGACUCUGAAUUUCAAAAUAAACAGAGAAUUAUUAACAAAGGCAGUGCUGCAGCAAGUAAUUGAAGAUGGAUCAAAGUAUGGGUUGAAAAGUGAACUUUUCUCAGGUCUUCCCCAGAAGAAGAUUGUGGUUGAAUUCAGUUCACCUAAUGUUGCAAAAAAAUUUCAUGUUGGACAUUUGCGCUCCACCAUCAUAGGAAAUUUUAUAGCAAAUCUAAAAGAAGCUUUAGGACAUCAAGUAACAAGAAUAAAUUACAUUGGAGAUUGGGGCAUGCAAUUUGGUCUGCUGGGGACUGGUUUCCAGCUGUUUGGCUAUGAAGAAAAACUCCAGUCUAAUCCUUUACAGCAUCUCUUUGAUGUUUAUGUACAAGUUAAUAAAGAAGCUACAGAUGAUAAAAAUAUAGCAAAAUUGGCACAUGAAUUCUUCCAUCGACUAGAACUGGGUGACAUGCAGGCACUUUCACUGUGGCAACGAUUUCGGGACUUGAGCAUUGAAGAAUACAUUCAGAUUUACAAGCGCCUUGGAAUAUACUUUGAUGAAUAUUCAGGAGAAUCAUUUUAUCGUGAAAAAUCUCAAGAUGUCUUAAAGUUGCUGGACAGCAAAGGACUUCUACAGAAAACAAUAACAGGAAAUGUUGUGGUAGAUCUCUCUGGGACUGGUAACCUCUCUUCUGUCUGCACUGUGAUGCGAAGUGAUGGAACUUCUCUCUAUGCAACCAGGGAUCUUGCAGCUGCUAUAGAUCGCAUGGACAAGUAUAAUUUUGAUACAAUGAUUUAUGUGGCAGACAAAGGGCAAAAAAGGCAUUUUCAGCAAGUGUUCCAAAUACUGAAGAUCAUGGGAUAUGAAUGGGCAGAAAGGUGCCAGCAUGUACCUUUUGGGAUAGAAGGAAUGAAGACUCGAAGAGGGGAUGUCACUUUUCUGGAAGAUGUCUUAAAUGAGGUUCAGUCAAGGAUGCUACAGAACAUGGCUUCCAUUAAGACAACAAAAAAAAUGGAGAACCCACAAGAGACUGCAGAGAGGGUGGGGCUCGCAGCUCUCAUCAUCCAGGAUUUCAGAGGCUUACUCCUAUCUGACUAUCAGUUCAGUUGGGACCGUGUUUUCCAGAGUCGUGGGGACACUGGAGUCUUCCUACAGUAUACCCAUGCCCGCCUCUGUAGUCUGGAAGAUACUUUUGGAUGUGGUUACCUCAAUGACGUCAACGUUGCUUGUUUACAAGAGCCACAGUCUGUUUCAAUUCUCCAGCAUCUUCUCAGGUUCGACGAGGUACUUUAUAAAUCAUCUCAGGACCUUCAACCUAAGCACAUUGUUAGUUAUCUUUUAACGCUAAGUCACCUUGCAGCUAUGGCACAUAAAACACUCCAAGUGAAAGACAGUCCUGCUGAUGUGGCUGGGGCCAGACUUCAUCUUUUCAAAGCUGUCCGUUCUGUCCUAGCCAAUGGAAUGAAACUUCUUGGAAUUAUACCUGUAUGUAGAAUGUAAUAUGUAAUUUCUAAUUAAAGUGUGGGUUUUUUAAUGCCAAACAAGUUCUAAUUGUUAUCAGAUGCCUUGCUGUUCAGAAUAGAAUUUAAAGUAUUAUUCUGUGCCAGAA